CAUGACAACAUUUGUUUUCCGAAUAAGGUCCAAAAACCUGGUGAAAACACAUAUUAAAUGAAGUAAGCCAUUUUUGCCUUUUUAAAGUAAAAUUAAAAAAUUCAUAAAUCAGUCAAAAUCCAUCCAAAUUAUGACAGAAUAUGAAAAUCUACUCUACUUUACCUGUUUAAUACUAUACAGUUCGAUAAAAGCUAUAAAAAUCAACAGAAAAUACUUUGGUUUUGAAAAAGGUUUUCUAGAAAUCUUCUGAAGUACAAAAAUAUUUUCGACUAUUCUCAAGUAAAAAAUCGUACUGAGCAGGUAAAAUAGAGUAGAUCUUUAUAUUCUGGCAUAACUUGGAUGGAUCAUGGCUGUUUCCAUUCGUUUUUGAAAUUGCUACACUGAAAGAAACGUUGAUUCUAGGACUCUCAGGAAAUUCAAUGCCACACCUGAACCAGACACAAAUUAAUAAGUCGCUUAGUUCUCAGUUUGGAGAGGACACUUUUAACUAUCUAUCUAUAAAAAGAAAUCAAUAGAUUUUUAUGUCAGUUUCUAGAGAUCUUAGCUAGUUUUCCAAAGAUCUUCUAGAAAACCGAUCUUUCAAUAAUUUCGGAAAGCAACUUUGCUUGUGAACACAUAGCUUCAGGUAUCCUCGUUUGAUUUUUGAAAAUUGCAAGUUUCUAUCAUCUGUUAUCAUUGAGUUAUUCGAAAAAUAACCGAGUGCCAACCGCAUUUUGGCGUCAAUAGUAGUACGAUUCACAGCACUUAAAGUUUAUACAAAUAAUAUGAAUAUUGAACUACAAAUUCGUUUUUGAGUCAUGAACAUUCCAGUGAUAUGGACUGAAUCUUACGGAUCUAGCGAAAUCGUAGAGCUGCUUAUACCCUCCCUUAGAAUAUAUGUAAUUUAGUUUAAUUACUACAAUACAUAUUACUACAUACAACACAAUAUAUACAUAGCUCAAUCAUUAAAGUAAUAUAGUAUCGACUGUGUUCUAUUUCGAAUGUAAUUUAAGGUUGUUCAUGUCACAUUUAAACAAAACUAUUUAUUUUCUUUUAAUUGAUUUUCAAAUGGAAACAUAUAAAUUUUUCCGAUUCAUUUUUUUUCAGAUUAAAACUCGAAAUGAUGAAAUACGUAAAAUACAGGCAGAUUUAAAUAAUGUUGAACGUAAUCAACAAGAAUUACUCAAACGAACAAGAAUGGAAACAGAGUCAGCUGAAGCGUCUGAAACAAAAAAUUCGGAAGGACGAAGACACAAACUUCAAUUAGAUAUAAAUCAAUAUCGUACGAAAUUGCAAGAGCAACAACAACGAAAUAAAAAAGCAGAGUCAGAUUUAAGACGAGAAAAAUGGAGACACGAAACGGGUUUGGAAACUUGGCUUACGAAAUAUGACAAUGAAAUGAGACAAAAACAGGAUGAAUAUGAUGAAAUCGAAGCACAAUACACUGAAGAAAAACGUCUAUUAAUGGAAUUAGAAGAAAGAUUUGAAAAAUUAAAAACAGAAUAUUUGCAGAUAAUGACUGAACGAGCAGCGGAAGAAGCACGUUUGGCCGCUGAAAAAGCAUUACGCGAACGUCGAUGGAGAGCUGCUGGUAAUAUUCAACGAUUUUGGAAUGGCUUUAAAGUUCGAAAGGGUCUCAAAGCUAAAAAGGGCAAAAAGAGUAAAAAAGGCAAAGAUAGUGCUGCGUCAAAAGAUAAAAAUAACCGUAAAUGA